CUUUUGAAUUAUGUACAUGGGUACUUAGAUACCUGACUACGAUACAGUAACAUGGAUACCCCUGUCCGCCGCAUCAUGCAGAAACAUCUAAGGCCUCGGAUUAGGAGGGAUGGUUAUGCGACCUGAUUUGGACAGCUCAAUAUCGAUUUGAGUUUGAGUGCACAUAUUGAUUGAUACAUCCAAUACAUUCCAUAGAUACAUUGGGUAUACUUAGUUUCUUACAACAACCAUUUUAAAAGAGAUGUCUUUCGAGAUAUCAUGGACUUUUGGUCGCGUCUCAUAGCAAAUACCCGGCUGUCUUCGGGUAGCUCCAGCAAGGAUGCUGCACGGGAUCCCAUAAGGCGCCGCCAACGUUACGAGAAAGAAUAUGGCCAACUCUUGCACAUAUGGCGAAAUUGUUCAAAUCUUGUACGAGACGAAGAUGCCGCCGAAAAUAUCGAACUACGCCUUCAAGGGCUCACGAACAUUCUCGCCGACGAAUCUCGACGACCACUACCUCAUCCAUGCAUAUCCUUCUCUGCCACGAAACAGAUAUACGUCCCGAUCGCGAAGAUAGCGACAACUUCAUAUAACGAGUGGAUAAUCAAAGAGGCGGUGCUGUUUUUCGCUACUCUUAUUGAGAGCGAGGAAGAAGCCUUUGUAGAAAGCGACGCGUUUUCAGCUAGCUUGACCAACCUUCUCGUUCGUAUCACAGGCGCCAACAGCAUUCGAUUAGGUCCCGACACAGAAGUCAAGGUUGUCGAACUAGCCUUCAAUAUCACCACCAAGAUCCGACUCGAACCCCACAUCCUCUCAGUUUGGUUUAAAUCACACCCCGAAAGCCAUGCAAGCAAUGAGAAGGCGAAAGAUCAAAGGGAGAAGUUUGCCGGGAGAACACAAAAACAGGAUUUCCCCUUAUUCUACCUGCUGAUGGACUAUAUACAUCAUGAAGGGAAGAUUGGUGACUUUGCCAGAACUGGUUUACUAUAUAUCAUUGAGGCUGCUUCCUCUUCCGUGGCCCUUGAACAGUGGAUAGUGGAAAGUGAUCUUUCGACCUUGAUGGCUACCGGGCUUGGUGCUUUAUAUAGCCAACUGAGUCGAAAGCUUGUCAUUGAUCACCCACCAGAGAAUCUGCCGCCGAUUCUUGCCCUGUCCGACUAUCAACACCCGACCUCCACCUUUGAGAUUGUUAGUUCUUGCAGCCCGGAUUUUCAGCUGCACUUAGAAACAUUCCUUUCGCAUUUGUUAUUCUGGCAAGAUGUUCUUAACCACUGUCGUUCAGUGGAAGUCAAAUCAACACUCCUCGAGCAUUUUCAAGUUAUUUUCUUACAACAGUUAUUAUACCCUUCUCUCUUAGAGUCCUCAGAUGUCGAUGGCGGCUCUUCAGUUGCCGUCCUAACGUAUCUUCGUCGCAUAUUAGAAGCAUUAGACCACCCCGAUAUGAUCAAUCUUAUUCUUCACUACCUUCUGGCUCUGCCCGAUACAGAGUCCUCAGCUCCGUCCGAUACCGAACCAUCCAUCAGCGCCGCACGAAAACGAAAGUCUAUGGAUCUUGCUACAAUGAUGUCCUCCAAGGUUGAAUCCAGCUAUACCCCCCUCCUUUUUAAUCUGGUUGAUUUAAUUCAUUCUUGUCUCAAAUCGCGGAACCAGCAGACAGUAUGCGUGACGCUUCAACUUGUAGCGGCAAUCCUUAAGAGGCAUCAUCGCUACGCAACUACAACUUUACUUCGUACCGAAAUUAUCGAUAGCAAUGCUUCUCGUAGAACUGUGGGUGCACAUCAACAGGAAGUCGAAUUCCUCACUGCCUUAGCUGGAUCUGUUGGUGGGCAAGACAACUUCGAUGAGAUUUACGACAAUAUCUUGAAAGAUAGUAUGACGCGUGUGGAAGGCCACCCUUGUUCUCUAAAGCUUGUCGCGCCAAAAAUCUCAACGAAUAACCAUAAGCUGCCGGCGAUUCCUGAUAGCCUACCUGGAGCACCCCAGGAUGUUCCGCCACAUACUCUAAGUGUUGAUGAUCCGCUCUUCAACAGCAUUCUAGAUCUUCUCGAGAACUUCUUUAUGAACCCUGUCGAUAUGAAUCUCUCGGCUACUGAGACUAUCAUUGAUCUAGCAGUGUGCGGAUAUAUAUCCGUGGAAGGAUGGCUUCUCCGCCAUCCGAAGCAGUAUUCGUACAAUGAAGAUACGGAUGAACCUGCAUCUCCGCCUUUGGACCCCGAGUCACCCUUAUUCACCGAUUUUGAAAAAUUGAGAGCGAUUAUGAAAUGUCGUCGUCGGCCUCUCUGGCAAUCAUCAGCUCUACCUCGAGCAUUAUCUGUUUUGGAGUCUCUUGCUGAUCAAGUCGACUAUCUUAAAAGUUCUGUGCCAAGGUUCGACGAACUUUUACAACAGCGCCGAGAAGCGUUUCAAACUGCCGAUGCCGUCGUACUAAACCCACCUAGCAUGCGGCCGGGUUCUACCACAGGCGCUUCACUACCGGAUCAAACCAGCCAAGAGGGUUCCCGUGCAGAGUCGCCAGCUCGACCUAGUGCCCUUGAAGGUUUCCAGAGGAUGUUGUCCGAACUUGGGACCCCUAGUAGAUCAGGAAGCCCUCGUGGAAGGAAGGAAUCUAUCCGUUCCAAUACUGGGUCGGGAGCGCCGGGUGGGUACGGAUUCACAUCACCUACCCCUAAGUCUGUACCUCCCCAUCCACCUAAAGAAUUUCCCCUGAAUUACGAAAGUCCAAGUAAAAGUGGACUGGGCCGGUCAUUCUCACCUGGAAGCCACCAUUCUGGUCGGGAUAGCCCUGUAGCUAGCCAAGCUGCUGCAUUUGCGGCGGUUGACCAAGGAAUACUGGCUCGACAAGUCAGUCUACCGGCGCAAAAGAUUGAGGCAAUUCCGUUAAACUUCGAAAGGAAACAGGGAAGCAAUUCAACAGAAAUUAACGAAGUAGAAAAUGAGGAAAGCGAGAAUAAGUUGGCGACGGAAGGGCAGGACCAAGAAGACGAAAGCGAAAUUGUGGAUCAAUCUAUUGUCCCAACGCCGCCCGAAACACCAUCGGAAGCCAAGACGGCUUCGGUCUCGCAUAUUCUUACCAAUGUUAUUAUCUAUCAACAAUUCUUGCUAGAAUUGGCAAGUCUAGUACAAGUUCGGGCAGGGCUCUUUAACGAGGUUAAGUUUGCUUAGGGAGGGUUAGGUUAGGUGAUUGAUAGGUAUACGUGGCUGUCACGGGUGAUGGCGAUCGUGUCGAGCUUACGUUCUUGGAGCAUCAAGGAUACCAUAUUUUCAUUGGCGCCAGAGAUCGCGCCUCGCAGGAAUCGAGUGGGAGACGACUUUGGGGUGAAGUGAAGCUAUGCUUGCAUGUUACGGGUUCACGACGUACAUUUAAGGAGUAGGAAGGAGACAAGACAGAAUGCG